UGUGAGUGCGCUCGCUCUUGUUUUCAGUCUCCGUUUUACAAAUAGCUGCUGCGCGUGAGUUGCGUUUGGCUCAGUAUUUUUCGUUCGUUUUUCGCAUUAAAUAAGGCUAGAAAGUGUCGUGUUUGCCUAUGAGUGCUAUGUCAAAUAUCGAAUCGAACGUGAAGCUAUUGCGGGCGGUGGUGAAGCAGACGGCUCUAUAUGAUCGGAACAACGAAAACUACAGGAAGAGGCUGGCCAGUGAGAAUUGUUGGGACAUGGUGGCCUCGGAGACAGGAGAGUCGGUGGAGAAGUGUAAGCGGAGGUGGCGUGUUUUGCGCAACGAUUACGCUCGCUGGAUGAAUGUCGAUGCCGCGCGACGUCGCGCAGGAACUAAUCGCCUACCCUUCCAAUAUGCGAAGGAUCUGAGUUUCCUCAGGCAACACCUGAAUAUCAGCGAGGAUAUCGUUGACGAAGGCGAAGAUAACGAGAGUGAGCGCGAAGUCAGUAACGAGAGCAUGGACCGUAAGUCGAUGCAGUCCUUAAAAGGGGACGCCAAGCCGCAGCCAAUGGCAGUUGACGAAAAGAAGCCGGCAAAGAAGCAAGACUCGGCACCGGAGGAAACUAAUAGCAAGUCGUCGGACUUCAGCCACAUAGAAGAGGAUAAACCCGUGGAGGAGAAAGGCAAGAAGAAGAAGGAGCCAACCGACAUCAACUGGGACGAGGAGGAGGACGAGCUCAAUUCGGAGGACGAGGAAGCUCCACCCACAAGCCCGAUCUCCACUAUUGGCGACACCAGAAAGUCGACGUUCUUUAUCAAACAGACCGGCGAGGAGAAUCGGUUAAUCAUUCGUAAGAAGAACCUGUACGCCGCCUCUGGCGCCAGAGAUCCCCUUGAGGAAGAAAUGGACGACAGCGCCGACGAGUCGGGAGGAACUGGCAGCGAAAGCAUCAGCAGCCGUCGUCCACGUCGCACGGUCCGCGCCACAGGAGUCGGCGGAAUCAAACAGCUCCCAGUGCAAAAAGCAGCCACCGAACAGCGUCUGACCAGACAGCAGCGGCAUAAGUCCAUGGGACUGGCUGCCGCUCGUAAUUCCGCAUCCCCAGUGAAGUUGGCCCCAGUUCCCAAGUAUAUGUCGAACAAAAAUCAAGCACGGGCGCAGAAUGCGGCAGCAGUGAAUAAAGGACUUGAAAAAGCUUUUGCCCUCACACGGGACGACAUCUUUCCACGCCCACAAGCUCCAGCUCCGGCUACGUCACAGUCCCAAUCCCAGCCAGGCAAGAUCACAUCGCGUCGCAACAGCAGUAUAACCAGCACCAUCGUCCACGCCGCUUCGACACUGACGAAGCGGCCAGUGAACAGGCCAGCCAAUAUGAAUACGCCAGUCUCAAGUCCUACGCCAAUCAGUCAAAGCUCAGUCGCAGUCAAAGCUCCACCCCCAAAAUCAAUCCCAGUUUCAGUCUCACUCCCAUUCCAAGUCCCCCCCAAGGCCACACCUGUCUCUACAUCCACAUCGAGCAGCGUCAUCAGCAACAAUGCCUUACUCCUUACCAGCUCCCUGCCAAGCUCAGUCACGGUGACCACCCUGGCUGCGCCCUCGACGAGCGCAGUCUCAAUGACCGGCCCGGUGACUGCCAGCCCCUUGCUGAGUAUGGCCGGAGCUGGAGUCGGGGUCGGGGUCGUAACCACUGCGGUUCCGGUUCCAUCUUUCAUGACACUCAGGUCAAGAACCGAGCGAGGAAUGCAGACAGAGAGCCUGGACAUUUUCUCUGACGAACACUUCUUAGAGAUAGUGCGCCCGCAGAUGGCGGAAAUGAAUCCCCGCCAGAAGUUACACUUCAAGAAGAAGGUGUUUCAGUCCCUAAUGGAGACUUUUGACGACGCGACUGAUUUCCCAGCCGCUGGGGAGCAGCAGCACUUCAACAUCAACACUCCGUCAGGCUUUGAGCACGUCUCGGAUCGCGAGAUGCGCUUGGUGCGGGAGCUAGUGAGUCUGGUUAGUGCCGCCAAACACUCGGGCGCAAUCAAUAAGCCGCCCCCUCUGCCCAUCGUCACAGACACUUUACGCCCGGUAGUUCGAGCCGCAGCCCCAUCUUCUGCCGCAGUGGGGCAACCGCGCCACCUCAUUCAGCGCGUCUACAAGCAUAGCAACGGAAUGAGCUUGGUUGCGUCUCCGGAUGAGAAGAAGAUCUUCCGUAUCAUGCCGUCGAACGGCAAGGCGGCGGUCACCGGCGUUGGAGUGGGAGUGAGUGUCCCCACGGAGGAGCUGCGCAAGAACAGCGUCGAUAGCAACUGCUCCGGAACCAGUGUCACUCGUGCCGCUCCGGCUCCUCCGGUCAGCCCCAGGAGAGCCACAGCCGUAGCCAUUCGCCCACAGGGCGCCUCCUCGAUGAACACCCUCUUCGGGCCGACCCAGCCACAGGUCGUGACUACUAAAAGCGGACCCCUCAUCAAGGUGCGCGAAAUGCCGCGCAGGUUCUCCGUCUGUGGCAGCGGUGGACCUAUGAUGACCUUGGGUCCGCCACCCAACAACAUGAACGUGAUUCCGCACAAUCCCCAGAAGAAUCUCAGUCCCAUGGAAGCAAACAUGAUCAAGCGUCGCCUGAUGGGGGUUCCCCUCGCUGGGAUGACACCGCUCAGUCAGCGGUACCGCUACUCCGGGCCAGCUGGCCCCGGGUCAGGGACUGGCCAAGCUGGAGCUGUCGCUGCCCCACACGCUAACAGUGUACUGCUGAGGAAGUCGGCAGGCAGCGUGCCCGUUAGCCAGAAGCAGCCUUCGCCGAUAGAUGGGGCUUCGGCAUCGCAGCGUACCCCGCAGAUCGCCAGCGUCCAGGGAAACGCCUUCAACGACUUCGUGCAGCCCAAACCUUCGUUGUCAGGAGGAUCUAGCUCUCCCCUGAAGCGGAGCCUGGUGGUUGCCAACGCCAAGAAAAUCGUCCCUGGUAAGAGGAUGGCCAUGGCCGAUGUGCUGGCCGAUCCGCAAGAGCAGGAGGAGAUUAGAGCUCAGCAAGCAAAAGAGUAUACGGAGACCGCUGCCACUAUCGCAGCCGAUGACUUCUCGGUUCUGGACGGCGGCAUGGGACUCAAGCGCGAGCCUCAGGACUCAAUGGAGGAAGAUGCCGACGACAUCCUGGGCAUGUAAGCGAGUCAGAACUCGAUAAACAUUGACGUAUCUAUGAGAUAAAGCAGAUUAGUACACAUAUAAUCCCAAAUUGUUUAGAUAGUAAGAACACCACAAAACCAUUGCAAAUGUGCGACUUUUUGUUUUUUCAUUGAUAUAUAAGAUAAAAUAUCGGGUAGCCAAAACUGUUAGUUUUCUACUCGUUAAAUAGUUUCGAGAGCUUGCAUAAAUGUAAUCUAAUCGAACUUUGAAAAUCUUGACAUUUUUAUACAGGUAAGUAAAUGACACGAUUCGUUUCGAUUAUUUCUAUAUAAACUCUAACUGAAUAUUCUGUACACUAUGUUACACUUACAAUACCGUCAAUAAAAUCGAAUCUAUCUUGUA